AUGGCCGAUGCAGAAAGCCCCCGACCGGAGGAGCAGCAGACUCCCACCAAAUCUCCCUUCGUCAAUGUUCGCACCGAUGGCCGGGCCUUCAACUCCCCCAAUUGGCGGAUGAAGGUUGACAGUCCCGCGACACCAUCGCACACAAAUGCUAGCCCAAGCGCCAGUCCCAAUCCAACCAAUACCUCCCGCGCAGCCUUCAGCCGACCCGGAGCGCACGUGCCCCAGGCGAUCAACGAUGGCCGCCGCUUAUACGUGGGCAACAUGCCCUACACGGCCAAGACGGAGGAUGUGGAGGCGCUGUUCAUAGCGGCCAAGUUCCCGAUCGAGCGCAUAGAUAUUGCCAUUGACCCUUUUACCGGCCGAAACCCAUCUUACUGCUUCGUCGAUUUGCAGAACAAGGAGGAUGCCGAGCGUGCCAUGACUGAGCUCGAUGGCCGCGAUAUGUUGGGUCGUCCCGUCAAGAUUAAGCCGGGUGUCGCAAAGUCCCAGGAACGCAUUCAGAACCCGCCUUCGCCGUUCCGCAUUGAUCGAUGGCGCCAGCAAGAAAAACCUAGUUUCGCUAAGGUUAACAGUGACUCAAGCAGCCGCGUCUAUGUCGGUGGCUUGCCGCGAGUGACUGACCAUGCAAUGGUGCAGAGCAACAUUGAGGUUUUCUUCAAGAGUUUCAAAGUUGAGAAUGUCAGCAAGCUCUUCACCCCUCACCCGGCUAAGCGGUUCGAUCCUGGCGAGCACUAUUAUCUAUUCGUCGACGUGGGUACUCCCGAGGAGGCUCAGCGAGCCAUGCAGACGCUGAAUGGUCGGGAAGGGCCAUGGGGUGGUCCCUUGCGUGUUCAAUUUGCUCGUGGUCCCAAGGAACCCGAAGCAAAUGUCUAA